UUUCGUUUCCUCGGUGCCCUGCUCCCCGGCACAGGAUGGCAUCGACAGUCUCCCAAAAGCUGGAGGAGAAGCUGGUCUGCUCCAUCUGCCUGGAGCUGUUCAGGGUGGCCGUGACCUUGCCCUGCGGGCACAACUUCUGCCGGCAAUGCAUCAGCGACCACUGGGACAAGCAAGAGCAGGAGGCCUCCAGGGCCGAGAAGGGCUACACCUGCCCCGAGUGCCGGAAGAGCUUCGAGCGGCGCCUGGAGCUGAAGAAGAACGUGACGCUGUGCAGCGUGGUGGAGCUGGCGCGGACGGGCGAGGUGCAGGCCUCGGGCGCCGAGAGGCGCGAGGUGGCGCACGGCGGCCAGUGCCCGCGGCGGGUGCUCUUCGAGGAGGAGCGCUCUAAAGAGCAGGUGGGGGACAGGGGAGCCAUCGACCACCCCUCUCUAUCGCUCUCCACCGCGAGGUGUCUGUGCCACCCUUUGCAGGCCCUUCUGAGAGAGACCUUGGAAAAAGCCCAGCAGGAGUCAGAGAGGAUCGAGCAGGCGAUGCAAGAGCUGGAGAAGCAAACGCACAGCAUCAAGGACUCCUCCGAGAGGCUGAAGUUGAUGGUUCUGAACAAAUUUGCCCACCUGGAGAAAGCCCUGGAGGACUGCCAGCGGCUAACAGUGGCCAGGAUCCAGCAAGAGCAAGCAGCAGCACUGGGGCAAGUGGAAGAGAACUGGAGCCACCUGAAGGACUGCCUAGAUGCCUUCGACCACCACAGAGAGAAGGCACAGGACCUGCUGGCCUGCACUGACAACCGGACGUUCCUUGAGGAAUUCCCCCUGCUCCCUUCUCCAGAGAGCCCGGAGGCAUUGCCCCCUGUGGAGUUCAAUGUGGGCAUGAUAGAGCCCAUCACUGAGAUCCUCACGGACAUCUCCAAGCUCUUGCUGGAAGACUUGCCUGGCUCCGUGGCCCCCAAAGCCACUGACCCCGUAGCCACAGGUCCAGUCCAGCCAGAGGCACCUGCAGUGGUGAAGGUGGUGGACCCUCUCCCCAGGUGCCAGCUCCGAGCUGAGCUUCUGAAGGACCACCGAAACCUGACCUUCGACGCCGAGACGGCCAACAAGUACCUGCGGCUGUCGAGCAGAAACCAGAGGGCCAAACACCCGCGCAGCGCCGACAGCCAGCAGCAGGACCACGCCGCCCGCUUCGAGCUGUGGCAGGGGCUGUGCGUGCAGAGCUACGGCCAGGGCCGCCACUACUGGGAGGGGAAGGUCUCUGGCCACUCCGUCAUCGUGGGGGUGACGUACCGGGGCAUCCCGCGGAAACGGCAGCCCGGCCACAAGUUCAACAUCGGCCUGGACGGCGGGUCGUGGGGGCUGCAGGUGCGGGAAGACUGUUACUUAGCCUGGCACAAGGGUCGGUCAGAGAAGAUCCAGGAGCGCUUGUACGAGUACCUGGGGGUCAGCCUGGAUUACAGAACGGGGAUCCUUUCCUUCUACGGCCUCGGGGACAGGACGCAGCUCAUCCACACUUUCCACCACAUCUUCACGGAGCCCCUCUACCCCGUCUUCUGGCUUUGCGAAGGCCGAACGAUCACGCUGUGCCAGAGGGACUGAGCCGGGUGUAUCUCAGUGCAACAACUCGCAGGGCACCAAAGCCGCGGCAGGAGUGGGGUGCAGUGAUUUAAACACAAGUAGGUGAAGCCAGAGGUGCAAAUUAACUGUCUGCUUUGCAUAUGCAAAUAUCAUUAUGUCUACACAAAUUAAGGCAGUGGCAAGGAUGCUGUUGCUUCACUGAGGUGCCCUCGCAGAGGGGAUGAAGCCCUCCAGUAUCUGUAAGUGCACGUGCUCAGUGCCCACCCAUGCAGAAGGGAGUCAGUGACCGUACAAGAGAGGGCGAUGGGAGGGCACAAGAACAUGAUUUUCUUGUCCCUCCUGUCCUGGCCAAACCCACCCAUGCCUGGAGGAGCUUUGGGGUGAAGGGGAGAUGAGGGGGGCGCAGACCCUCCUGGGGGGCUGCCAAGCCAGACUCAGGGAGCCUCAUGCUAAUUGAGACCACAGGCUUUCCAGAGCCUGUGGUAGGCCCAGUUCCUCCAGCCCCCCCGUGCCAUCUUGUCACUCUUUGACUUGGACUCACGCAGGGCAGAGCAUCCUUUUUGGGGUGCCACACUGCAGUUAAUGUUUGUAAGAAGCUGCUAGCCCCAAUAAAGCUUUA